ACGGCGUAUGGCAGUGAUCAGAACGCUGGUAUGGGGUAUAGCGGUGAUCAGGACAUUAGCAUGAGGUAUGGUGAUGAUCAGCUGGUAUGGCAGUAAUCAGGACACUGGUAUGGGGUAGGGGGGUGACCAGGAUGCUGGUAUAGGGUAUGGCAGUGAUAAGAAUGCUGGUAUGGGGUAUGGUAGUCAUCAGAAUGCUGGUAUGGGGUAUGGUAGUGAUCAGGAUGCUGGUAUGGGGUAUGGGUUAUGGCAGUGAUCAGGACGCUGGUAUGGUAUAUGGGGUGAUCAGGAUGCUGGUAUGGGGCAUGACAGUGAUUAGGAUGCUGGUAUGGGGCAUGGUGGUAAUCAGGAUGCUGGUAUGGGAUAUGGCUGUGAUCAGGGUGCUGGUAUGGUGUAUGGUGGUGAUCAGGGCACUGGUAUGGUGUAUGAAGGUGAUCAGGGUGCUGGUAUGGCCUAUGGCGGUGAUCAUGAUGCUGGUAUAGCAUAUGGCAGUGAUCAGGGUGCUG